CUAGGGUUUUAGGAAUCCAAAUUUUUAGGAGUUGAGGGUUUAUCAAAACAUCCCAUUCCCCAUUUCUACUCGCCUCCAUUUUCGCGAUGGUGGAAUUCGACGAUGAUGACUUCAGCGACCUUUAUGCCGACGUCGAGGUGCAGGCAAGCUCGGCAAUCAGCGCUUUGCAUCGAUCGACCGAAUUGCCCCCGCGGAGCGACCGUACUUCUGCAUAUCCUCUGCGAGGGGAACAGAAGGCAGCUGUCGAGCGUGAUGCUUCAUGUGAGGCGGAGGUGAAGGGCGGCGGUGGUGAUUUGAGAACUUUGCCUGUAGAGAAUGUUGAUAGAGGUGAAAGCAGGAGCACGAGCUGGAGCGAGGGCGAGAGUGUGAGCGAGAGCGAGACCGAGAGUGAGGACGGAUUGGCUAGCCGUGGAGUUGAGAGAAAAAUUGGUGAGAGCUGUGAACGUAAGAGAUAUGAAGAAACAUCUGGAAAGGAGAAGAAUGUGAAUGUUGAGGAUUACAGCUCUCAGUCCCAUAGAAAGAAAUUGCAGUAUGAUUCCUCAAAUUCUAAGAUGAAGAGAGUUCACGAAAUGGCACAAGUGCGGAGAACAUCCAGGAAAGGGGACGAUGAUGACAGAAAUCGCUUCAUUAGUAGAUGUAGUGAGGAUAACCAACCUAACCAUGGACGGAAACAUGGAGGACAAAAGAUUGUCUCAGAAAGGCAUACUGCAGCAAGCUAUCCUGUGCCCUUGGAUUUGGAUAAGUGUGGAAGUGUACAGAUAUCCGAUUCAGUAGAGGAUAGCCCAUUUGAAGUCUCUGAAUGUGAUUCAGAUGACAUUUCUGAAGCUUCAGAUGAUACAAAUAGAAGAAAAUCAAGGUGCAUAUUGAAUAAAGUGCCAUCAGCACGAGAACCAGAACCAGUUAAAUGCAGUUGGAGAGAGCAUGGUCAGGGUUACUCAUCUUCUCAUAGGAGUGAUGCGCUUGGUAGCAGAUAUAUUGGGAAAAGCCCUAAGCGUUCAAGGUACUCUUCGCCUAGCUUAGACUGUGAAUUAAGCGAUCAGAAAUAUCGUCUUCCCAAACACUCUGAAAGACGUGGUGUCAGAAGAGGUACCAGAGAUGGCGGAUAUCAUGAGAGAUGGAAAGACAGCAUGCGGGAGUAUUCUGAUCAACCCAAGAAAUCUAAUUAUCUGCCCUAUUUCAAGAACCAGCCUGAUGAGGAUGCUUCUUAUGCAACUGAUGCCAAGCAUCUCUAUAACAGACAUGUUAACCAUGGAAAACAGAGUGCAAUAACAGAUUUCAAAUAUAUUGAGAGUGCUAUUCCUUACCGCAGCCACUCAGAAAGAACGCUGACUUACUCAGGUGGGCGUUUGCCUGAUCAUCAUAUGGGCCAGCCAUUUCUGAAAGACCAAUACUGGUGGGACAAUCCAAAUAAUAUAUACAAAGCAGGUCCCCCUGAUGGUCACAAUACUAGUGAAAGACGAAAUUUUCUUUACAAGAGUAGUCAGAUUGAUUAUGAACUUUUGGAUUAUAAUAGGUAUCAUAAUCAGAGGAAACAUCAUUUUCGGGGAUAUAGCGAGGAGUUACGGAACCUAUCACGAAAGUACUCCUCUGCAGCUGACCAAAGAGGCACUCAGUUCAUGUAUAAAGGAGAAAGCGGACAUCUCAGGAGAAGAACCAGACAAGACUCUCUGUCACCACUACAUGACAGAUUUGUGGAAGGAAAGCAUAGAAGAAUUCACCCAAGUAGUGGUGGAGACCAUGAUCAUCUUAAUGAUUUGAAUGUAGCUCAUGAUAGAAGAAAAGUGGUGAGCUCUUCAAGGGGCAAUAGAUGGCGUCAUAGUCCUCUGAAUAUUUCAGAAAAUCUCUGCUCUGUUGAGAAUAAGGUUAAUGAUUGGAGGAACAUCAAACAUCGGCCUUUUCCUUUUUAUUCUUCUGAGGAACCUUAUACUUCUGGCAGAGGGGACUUUCUAGGAGCUUCUGGACCAAAAACUGGGGGGGUUCAAAGAAACAUGAGGUGCUCAUGGAAAGAAAUGCACAUUGAAUAUGAUCAGUGUGGUACUGAUGUCACCACUCUUAUUCCCAGAGAAAGCCUCAGAUAUUGUUCCCAUGAGGAUUUUCAUGUCAAAAGAAGAGACUACCAACCACCUUCAAACACUAAUUACACAAGAGAAAGCAUCAAAGAUGAUCGGUAUCAGGAUCAUUUUGUUGGGAGAAGAGGCAAUCAACACUCUGAGGUCUUCCUUCUGAAGGAAAAUGUAUGCAAGUCCAGGAAGCAGGGCAAUAUUUUCGUCGCCUCUGAGGAGCCAUCCCAUAAUAAUUCUAAACGAAGUUCAAAGAAUGAUGAUGUUGAUGAUAGAAUGGAACUUCGUGAAAGAGAAAUGGGUAGGCUGAACUCCAAUAUAUUGGGAGAAGAAGAUAGUGGUAAUCAUUUUGAUGGGUGUCAUGAAUCCACAGAACUUAAUGGUCAUGCUCGGAUGCAUCCGAGUAACCAAGAUUCAGUUGAUCGCUCUUUGGUUAUGGGAAGAAAGUGCACCUUGCAAUCCUCUAUAAGAAGAACCACCGAAGCUGGAGAAGAUACAUACUAUGGUAAGUGUGACCUCGUGGGUUUGACUAACAAGAAACCAAAUAAUUCUGUAGACAUGGACAAAUUCAAACCAGAUGAAGGAGAGGUAGAUGUUAGCCACAGAAAUCAGCAGAGUAAGUUCUCGAAAAUUUAUCAUAACCAGUCUCUGGACAUUGAGGAAGGCCAGAUCAUUGCUGAAGAAAUGCAGAAUGAAGUUGAAUCACAUAUCCAUGCUUCAGGGAACCUGGAAACUACUUCAAAUGAUAACAGAUUGGUUGAGAAAUUGGAUGAUGAGAAGAUUAAGGAAAUUAUAAUGAAAAUGGAGAGGCGAAGGGAGCGCUUUAAGGAGCCCAUAAUGACGAGCAGGGAUGGUGAGAAGACUUUCUCCUCGCUGCCGGAGUUGAACGUUGAAACUGCUGAGGCUCGGCUAAAAAGACCAGCUAGAAAAAGGAGAUGGCUUGGGACUUAGAUCAGGUUCACUUCUAAGUACGAUUUUUUGAGGUAGUAACUGAGCUGCAAUUUGAUUGUACUUCUCAUAUGUAAUAAUCUGUGGCUCUUUUCACCUCAUCACAUGUUGCUGCUGCUUUUGCUUUAUUGUCAUGGAAAUUAAUUGUGAGUGUGAGUUUUCUGCUUCA